GGAGCUAAAAGCUAAAGCUAACGGGCUGGAUUUCCUGUUCUCCCCGUGUGACGCAGAUCAGGCAGCGCUCGGGGCGUGUGUGGAGCUGAAGGCUAAAGCUAACGUCGCGUCCGGGGCCACCGCAGCAACAUUUCUAAACCCCCACAAAUGUUUAACCCGCAGCGGUGAUGGAUUUCGACGCGUUAUUUAGCGAAAAGUCCCUGGAGUUUUCCGAUUUCCAGGAAUUUACGUUCAUCCCCGGUCAUCAGAAGCUUUCGGAGAGGGUCAGGAAACGCCUUUACUAUGGACUGGACAAAGACGUGUCCCUGGACGCGCUCUCCGGACCUGUCACCGAUAUUGCUGUUGAAUUCUUCCAAAAAUCUGCUCCCAGCCCGAUCCGAAAACUCCACAAGAAAUACGCCGCCCAUGUAGCCAGAGAGGCCUGUAUCUCCCCCUGUGCCAUGAUGCUUGCCCUGGUUUAUAUCGAACGACUCCGACACAGAAACCCUGAAUAUUUACAGAAGAUCUCCUCGUCCGACCUCUUCCUGAUCUCAAUGAUGGUUGCCAGUAAGUACCUGUACGACGAAGGCGAGGAGGAGGAGGUGUUUAACGACGAGUGGGGCACGGCGGGAAAGAUGGACGUUCAGACGAUCAACAGCCUGGAGCUCGGCUUCCUCAGCGCCAUCGACUGGAGUUUGUUCACGGAGCCCAGAGACUUUUUUGACAUCCUCAGUCAACUGGAGACAAAUCUUGCGCAGCGUCAGGGUCUGAGGAGAGGCUGGUUCACGUACACAGACCUCUGUGUUCUUCUGGAACAAUCCUCAUGGAACCAGGCUCUGAUCUCCAUGUACCAGCACUUUACCAAGGUCUCGUGUCUGCUCGGACUCGUCUACCUCACCGCCGUGGCCGGACUCUUCGCCUCGGCCGCCGUUCUGCACACGCUCAGUCUGCACCGCGACCUCUCUGUCCUCCGCCCGCUCGCCCCGCUAAGCCCCGCCCACGGCCCCGCCCACGGCCCCGCGGCGGUCCCCGCGGCGCCGCCCCCUCCCGGUCACCACCCCUGCUGCGUCCUGGCCAACAGAACCCCGCCCCUGAGCCCGCCGCAGACUCCGCCCCCUGAGCCCUCCCCCCUGCUGUGCCUGUGGGGGUCGCUCCUCGCCUCCCUGGGACACUUCCACCCCGGGCCGGACUCGUCUUGGUCUUACAUGUGCCCCGGGUGCCUGGCCCGGUCCCAGAGGCUCCAGUGCCAGGGCCUCAAGAACUCGUCCGUGUCCGACCCGGGACGCGCCAAAUAUCCCCAGAAAAGUUUGGCCGCGACGGUUUUAAAGACGGUCGAGACGCCGUUUCCACAGAUCAAGUUCGGCUGCUGCCACCCAGACGCCAUUUUGAAUAAAGCGCUGCUCGUCCCCGGGUAAAACCGACCAAUCAGAGCUGGAGUUUAGGACCUGGACAAGACCUGGUUUAGUCCUGGUUUAGUCCUGGUUUAGUCCUGGUUUAGUCCUGGUUUAGUCCUGGUUUAGACCUGGUUUAGUCCUGGUUUAGAUUUGGUUUAGUCCUGGUUUAGUCCUGAUUUAGUCCUGGUUCAGACCUCAGUUUAGACCUCGGUUCAGACCUGAGUUUAGACUUGGUUUAGACUUGGUUCAGACCUCGGUUCAGUCCUGGUGUAGUCCUGGUGUAGUCCUGGUUUAGACCUGGUUUAGACCUGGUUUAGACCUGGUGUAGACCUGGUGUAGACCUGGUGUAGACCUGGUGUAGACCUGGUUUAGUCCUGGUUUAGACCUGGUUUAGUCCUGGUUUAGACCUGGUUUAGACCUGGUUUAGACCUGGUUUAGUCCUGGUUUAGACCUGGUUUAGUCCUGGUUUAGACCAGGUUCACAUAAAUAAUCCUGUGGUGUUUUCAAGCGCUUCUAGAAAGUUCAGGCGUAAAUUUAAUCUUAAAUAAACAUUUUUGAGUUUGGGGAAAACCUGAGCUGGAGCUUUUUUCAAACUCCAUCAGUAUUUUUUAUUUUUCUGACCCAGUUUUUCCUCUUUUUGUUUUGGAUUGAGCAGAAUCAGAUUAAAUUUGAUCUACAAAACUAAACAGAACCUUUUUAUUUUGUCAGUUCUUGUCUGAAUCUCGACUUAAAACUUCUGCUGAGCUCAGACCCUCGAUUAAACCUGCUCAAGAUACUUAAACUCAAACUCAGAUUUACAAGUCUGACGUUUUUAAUCUGUCAAAUAUUAGUGAUUAUUUCAAUUGGAGUUGAAGUGUUUGUGUCCAGGUUCAACUCCAGCUCAGAGACACGGACUGUUCUAGAACGGCGCUCGUCUGUGUUCCUUUGUUUUGUCGUUGUUCAAAGUCGAGUGGGAAACACCUCGUCUUUAUUCACUCUAAACUGUGUCCCAACAUUUAAUUCUGAAGCUUUAAUAAAUUGUUUAGAAUUAUUCAUUUGCUUCACAAACUUUGAGGAUUCAACAAAUUUGGGGAAAAAAAAUCUAAAUUAUGAAAACGGCGAGUCAGUCAACUUUAACUAUUUACACUUAGAUCUGAAGACCCGGUUUAGUCCUGGUUUAGUCCUGGUUUAGUCGUUUAGUCCUGGUUUAGUCCUGGUUUAGACCUGGUUUAGUCCUGGUUUAGACCUGGUUUAGUCCUGGUUUAGUCCUGGUUUAGACCUGGUUUAGACCUGGUUUAGUCCUGGUUUAGACCUGGUUUAGACCUGGUUUAGACCUGGUUUAGACCUGGUUAGUCCUGGUUUAGUCCUGGUUUAGUCCUGGUUUAGUCCUGGUUUAGUCCUGGUUUAGUCCUGGUUUAGUCCUGGUUUAGACCUGGUUUAGACCUGGUUUAGACCUGGUUUAGACCUGGUUUAGUCCUGGUUUAGUCCUGGUUUAGACCUGGUUUAGACCUUCUUUUUGCACAUUUUGUUUUGUUUUUCUCACCUUCGUCUUUCACUGGUUUUAUUUUGGAGUUUGAGGCUUUUAUUUUGAAGGUAAAGGGAAGUUACUUAAACAAUAGUUUACAUUUAGACUUUGGGUUUAUAAAAUUACCUCAGUGAAUCUCUUAAACGUGGAAAAGUCGAGUUUCCUCUCGGUUUUUGUGGUGGUUGGUUUUAAAUUGCUCAGACUUAUUUUGAAAAGCUAAAUGAAGGGUUUUAUUUUGAAAAGCUGUUGCUGUGGCACUUGUUUGCCCGUUUCCUGUCACCUGUGUGGUCUUUUAUUUUGAAAGAGUUUGUAAAAUGCAGAGAUUUUUGGUUCGAUUUGGGAAAAGUUUAAAAGUUUUGACCCAAAAGCACAACUUCCUGUUUGUGUAAAAACUUUGUACAAAUGUAGAAAAUCUGCAUUAAUAAAAUAAUCCACAUUUUGAGGCAA